CAUAUCAAACGCUUUAUAUUAAAGUAACUAUGGCUUCUACGCCUGUUAGAGAGUCCUCAAAUGUUGCGGAAGAUGUCCGGUUUCUUUCCUCUCAAAUGGAAGACACCGUCAAAAUUGUCAGGUAUAGUGACGGGGAAGUAUCCAUGAAAUACCCUUCUGACAAUGUCACCACUAAGGGUGACAGUGGUAUGAAUACAUUAACCACGGGUGAGUUAUCUGCUCCUGAGGUAAAAUAUGGUAAAUCAGGUGAAUUAUCCACUCAAGGAAAGGUUGACAUAGAAGUUGAAAAUUUAUCGGGGGCAUAUGCACAGGGUGGGGCACGUCCUAAAAUUCAACCCCGAAUGACACCCAGACCACAUGAUGUUGUUAAAACAAAAUUGGCAUUCUCAGAACUUCCAUUCCGGGAGACACCUUUGUCUGUUUAUGGUGAUAAUCAAAAAGAUUAUGUUGCGGGUGCUUCUAACUGGCCAGAGAGGUCCCCGGGUCAUGAUUCAAAUGUAGAUUUAAGCCUUCCACCACCUCUUAAAAGGCAAACACCCAUUACAUCUGUUGAUACCAAUCCCUUCAGAUCUUUUCAAUCAGGUGGUCAAACAGAUGGAUCUUUGUUUCCAGCUAAUAGGAUAUAUCACGAUCCAAAGUCCACACAGGUUGUUGUAACAAACAUCAAAUCAACUGUUGUUGAAUCGCCCAGUGCAUCAUAUUACCGCGCACGCACGACUUCGUCGGGUGUUCGGCGCGCGUCUCCUACUGUAACGCUCUAUGGUCCGCCUACGUCGCAUACUGGUGUUACAUCCUCUUAUUCAAUGGCUCCACCAGUAUGGCCUAAUCCAUAUUUGCCGUACAUGUACGGACAAGGGUAUCCAUUGCCUCAGGUUUAUCCAAAUGUAAACACUUUAGAGGGGGUAAAUCAUGCUCAUAUGCCCAUACCAGGUCAAAUGUAUUCUCAAGAGGGGCAAAGUGUUCCAUUUAUACAGGGAUUUCGUGGUGCUUUCCAAACUUCAAGGCCUGCUUCACAAAGAGGCAGUGACGUAAAUAAUGAUCCCUCCAAACAUAUCACAAAUCCGUUCAUGAGUGAAAAUCAAACAAUGGUGCCUGGCCCUUACCCAUUACCUAGAGUUGCAUCUCGGGUAGCCAGUCCCUUUGUGCCGAUAGCAAAUAACUCCAAUGUUAUGGUUCCAUACGGUUCACAUUUGGUUCAAUCUCCAGUCCCGGUGCAUCCGUUGACUACACCUGUAGCACCUUCAACGGUUCCACCGCAGACUCGAACUCAUUCUGUUGAAAACAUACCAAAUUUUCCAAAAUUGUCCCCAUAUGAUGGUACGUCUCAUUGGCCUGACUUCCGGACGCAGUUUGAAAUCAUUGCAUCCAUAAACAAUUGGUCUAGUUCUACUAAAGCUGUGCAACUUAUUGCAUUAUUAAGAAAAGAUGCACUUUCUACCCUGACUGAUCUUGACUCUGAUGAGCGUAGUUACGAAAAAAUCAUUGAAGCGCUAAAUAUGCGCUUUGACCCUCCUCAUCAGGCAGGGAACUUCAGGGAUAAAUUGCACGAUAGAAUUCGUAAACCAAAAGAAAGUGUGACUGAAUUAGCACAUGAUAUCAGACGUUUGGUAAAAAAGGCUUAUCCAGAAGCCAAUGCACAGAUUCGCGAAGUCAUGGCCAUUGACUCGUUUCGUAAAGCUCUAAAUGAUGUAAACUUUGAGUGGGCAGUCAAAAACAAAGACCCUACAACCCUCAAUGAAGCUUUACAAAUUGCCCUCAAGUAUGAUACAUUCCAUGCUAAUCGUACCCAACCUAAUCUCUCUUUGCGAAGUACCACUGUCUUGCCGGAUGUUACGCCUGAGGUUAUCAUUUCUGAAAAAGUGAAUUUGUUGUCCUCUGACGUGGCAGCCACCAUGGCAGAGAAUGCUCGCUUGACCGAAGAAAUUAAAAGGUUAAAAGAGGGAAAGAGCUCCCAAAGGCCCUACAGAUUUCAAGGGGAAUGUUGGUACUGUGAGAAAAAGGGGCACAAAAAAUUUGAGUGUCGUAAGAGACAGUAUGAUGAGAAAAAUGGCAUUGAACCACCCCAGAAAAGUCAAAACUCAAAAAACUAG